AACAGUGGUCACUCGCCGUGCGACUCCGCCGCGGCUGACAGUGUUCCGCUUUUGAAGCGCGCCAAUUUUGACAAUUUAUAUUUAAUCUGUGUUAGUGUUACAAGUUUUAAUAAUGUUGCGUAUCAUUAUCCUUAGCAUCUCGUUGAGCGUAGCCGUCAACACCCAGGCACCUUACUCAGCAGCAUCAGAAUCUCAAAGAAGAUUCGCCCUUGAGAACAGAUACGACGAAACAGGUCCAGGCGCAAAGGGUCCAGAAUACGCAUACAACACGUACAAAACACUCGAAGAAGCCCUGGUCUCCUACAUCGAUGACGCAGACACAAAACUACCAGAACAUGAACGGGCUAAAGUCGAACGAUUUGUUAAUACAGACUUUAGUCAACCGAUUCGGGAACUCCCCAAAACUGUAGAAGAAUACACUGGAUUGAAACAGCCCACCCGUCCCCAAUUACAGCCCAUGAGACGGCCGAUACAGCCUCCACCAAUCAGACAGCAGGAAGAGCAAUUUUUACCCCAGCCAGUUCAAUACCAGCCUAUUUUAUCACAACCCUCAUUCCAACCAUAUCCAGCUAAAUAUAGGCCAGAAAAACUCUUUUUCCAGAACCAAAACAUAAAGAACUCAUUCCCUGAUUUCCGUGGAUCAGACUUGAAACAGAGUCUACAAAGUGAGAGAUUAGAGCCAUAUGUAUUGCAAAGAGUUCCAGGUCCAGUGAAUCAGGCGUAUUAUACGCAGAAUGCGCAGUUAAAUGACCGGCCUUACGAUUCUCACCCACAGUACACGUUCUCUUAUGGAGUACAUGAUAAGAAGACAGGCGACUCAAAAUCAGCGCACGAGAGUAGAAAUGGCGGGUCAGUGAAGGGGUACUACACAUUUGUCGACCCUGACGGCAAACAACGCACCGUGCACUACACAGCUGACGACAAAUUCGGUUUUAGGGCUACUGUUCAACGUACACAUAUGAAUACACAAUAAAUUAAUUUAAUUAGCUUAUUUAUAAAUGUGUCUAAAUUUAGAUGAAUUAAAUUUAAUAGUUAUAAAUUAGAUAGAUUUAAAAUUUACCACGGAAUUUACAUUUAUGUGUUUAUUACUAGAUUAAAAGAUUAAUUAAAAAUUAAUCAGCAAUUUUUUCGCAUUUUAACCACCAGUACAUUUAAUACAGAGAAAUAUAUUUUACUGUCUAUUAAACUAUUGUGAUAAUAUGGUGUAAAUCGUAUUAAUUUGAUAAAGUGUGUAUCUGGUGUGUGUAUCAGAGCUUCAACAUAAUUAAACUAUGAUUUAAGCUUAAUAUUGUGAAUGGGAGAUCAAAUCUAAAAGUGUAAUAAUGUUGCCAAAUUAUUAUAAAGAUGUCUUCUAGAUUAUAAAUUGUAAAUA